AAAACACACAUUAUGUUAUUGUAAAUAUACGGAUGAAUGACCUGUCCCUGCGCACAAGGGGUUACUUCAAGUAUUUAACGAACUGCUCGGCAAAUAAGAAAGAAUGGAACCGAGCAGUGCUUGUUUUACACAGAGACCCGAAAAAUACCGUUAUCAUGGCUGAUUUACAAGAUACGGAAUAUGAGACUUUAGAUCUACCUGAUACAAAAAUAAUCAUUCCAUUAAAUUCUUUCAAAGUUUGUCGAAAACACAUUGUUUCUGGCCACACAUCAAUAUCUAAUGAGAAUGGUCAUUCUAACCAGAAGCAUUCUUUGAACACUGUUAAAAAUGCCAUUCCAUGUAACCAAAUUCAUCUAAGUUCGCGAUUUUUAUUUGGUAAAAAGCAGUUGUGGCUGGGUUUUACAUCUCUGUUUGACCAAGAUAUAUGGUAUUCAUCUUUGAAAACUUUGGUUACAAAGCAUAGAAACAAGAAGAAUACUUUAAAUGGUCCUGAUUUACUACGAGCAUCUGCAUUAAGUUUAUCCCAAACAUCGGAGUUGGAUUUACUUGCUUCAGCCCUACCAAAUAUCUUAGAUAAUGAAAUAUAUGAAAGUACUUCUAUCCAAGAUACAUUUUCUGUCUACAUAAUUCAUACGGAAAAAUCAAAAGAUUUAGGGUUGUCUGGUCGUUACUUACUACGUAUAAAAGAAAAUGCAUUUGAACUACUUGAUCCGGACACAUAUUCAAUAGUAAAAUUAUGGCCGAUCAAAUAUGCGCGCAAAUUUGGUGUGUAUACCAAGCGAUUUUAUCUAAUAACUGGAAGUGGGUGUGAAGAUGGUCGCGGAUUGUUCAUCUUUCUAAUAGAGAAUGCUGAUAAAUUUCAAUCAAAACUAUUUCGUCAAAUGAAACAAUUAACUAUGCAAUCUCAGUUAUCUAGACGUGUUACCGACUCCAGCAAAUGGAUAAUAGAUCAAGAGAUUAAAAAAGAAACUAAUGAAUUUCAUUUAAAUGAAACAAAUCAUUGUUGGUUCUCGUCAGAGCCUAGAAAAAAGAAAAAUAUUCUAACGUCUCUCAACUCAGUUGAUCCGUUGUUGAAAAGUAAACCACGUUCCAACUCCGUUAAUGGAUUUCUAUUACAAAAUAUAGAAUCAAAUAAUUUUCAUCAAAGGCAAAAUUCUUCAAAUAUGUUAUCAAAAGAAAUCUCUGUCUCAUUAGCUUAUGAUAGCGACGCAAAAUCUUCAUCAUCAUCAUGGAUAUUUCCAGAGGAAAACUUUAUUAUAACUUCUGGCAAAUGUUUUGCUGAACGUUCAUGUCAAACUAUAUUUGAAGUAAAUACAUCAGAACAGUUAAAAAAUUCUAGUAAUGUUAAUUCACCACAAGUAACUGUAGUAAAACAACAAAUACAAGAAAAAAACAUGAUUCAUAAUAAUUAUAGUUCUCAAGAAACAUUCAUUUCAGAAACACUGUGUGAACAUGAAGAUGAUAAUGUUUGUGUAGAAAAAGAAGAGGAAGAAGAUAAUUUAAGCGAAGCUUCACAACCCGUUUAUGCUAAUGCUGAACAAAUCACUCAUACAAUGUUCAACACAAAAUAUUCCAUUAAUCAUAAUCAAAAAUUACUAACAAAUAGUGGUAGCAAUGAGGAUGAAACAACCAUAACAUCAUGGCUAAGAAAACUUAUUUUUCAAAUUAGUCGACGUUUACAUCUUCAAAAUUUUAUGCAAAGUAGAAUAAGUCCCGGCACCAUACAUUCAGAAUACUUUAUCUCAAUACAUUGCUUUUAUAAAUUGAAAGGUUUUCAUCAAAAUUCAUGACGUAAUAGAAUGGGCUCUACGCCAACUUUGGAUGCUUACUAAUAUAAUUUUUGCUCUAUAUUGUUUGAUAAACGAAAAUAUUACAAAUCUACUUUGCUUUCUUCACAUUUGAGAUAUUUUCAUAAUCAGCGACGUAUUAUUAUAGAUUGUGUCCUUAUCUUUGGUUCACUUUUUGUUGUUAUUUAAAUGAGUUAUUGAAUGAGCGGAUACGUGGAAAACAGAAAUUGGAGAACUUCAGAAAUUGGUUGGAACUAUCAUAAUGAAUAAUUAAUUUAAUUUCAGGUUAUUAUAGAAAAUCGAUUCUGAGAUAUAUGAGAAUGAUCUCCAAUUUUACCGUACUUAUAAACUUUGAAUUACAUUAUUUAAACAGAACCUCGGUUUCAACAUGUAUCAUACGAGUAAACUAAACCUUGAAAAAUAAAACUGUUUAUUGAUUUGUAGCUAAGGAUGUGAAAAUAAUUCAAUUAAGAGUGCCUUAUGCAUUUGUUGUCCGAGGUUUAGUAGAGAAAUCAAUGAAUAUAUGAAGUGGCCACGCAAAUUAGUAAUUUGUCAUUCACAAAUACGUCUGGCUCAAUGAAUGUGAACUCACCAGUGUCAGCAAUAAGCGAUACAUCAGCUCUGUUAACGUCAUCAUCAUCUACUUUAAUAAAUAAACCAUUUAAUACUUCGUGUUCAUAUACAAAAAAUUGGAAAUUUGGUUACUUAAUCGAACCAAUAAUGGAAAGAGAAGAACAAAACUCACAUAACUCAUCUAUAUCCGCUGGUAAUGAAGAAUGUAAUACAGCUUAUAAAGAAGAAUGUGAUGGUUUAGUCACUUCAUCAACACCAGAUAAUGAUAUAGAUAUAAAGGAGAUUAGCAAUACUUGUUUUAGUAAAUCACCAACUGAUGAAUUAGAAAAUACAGAUAAAGAAAACGAUUUGGUUUGUGAAAAUGUUCAGUUAACAAAAGAAUUUCAAAACAUUUUAGAAGACGUAAAAUUUUAUCGAUUGGUUUCAAGAUCAGCUACCUGGGAUGGAUGGAUGAAAUUGAAAACAAAUACAAAACAAGAAGCUACAUCACAGAAAGUUAUUGUACAAACAGAUACCGACAUUGAAAAUGACAAUAUUACUACAGUUAUUACUAAUACUAACGAUCAUCACGACAGCCCCAAAAUGAAAGAUAAUUCACAUGUUGUUGUAAUGACAGCAUUUUGAAUUGAAUAACGGUGGUGUAAUUGGUAAUGAGUAAACUAACCGUUAUUUUACUCAUCAACUAUAUAUUGUUCAUUAUAAAAACAUACUUAUAAAAUGGAAAAUUUUUCAUUUCGUUACAGUUACUAUCAUGUGAUUAACAGUUGUAUACAAAACGAAAAUAUUUUCCAGGGAAUUCAUUAGUAUAUGGUUUGAUUUAUAUUAUUUUUUAUUUAAAAAUACACCUAAAUUUUGUUGCGCACAAGAUUUAGAAAUUAAUAAUAAAUUCAAUAAAAGCUUGUUAACAUGAUUAGGAUUUAUUAAAUACAAAGUUACGAUGAUCAAAAUCAAGUUAUAAUAUAUAUAUUUUAUAUUUUUAUAACAACAUAUGAAAUGAAACUUUAGAUUCACUUUAAUAUCUUCAAUCACGGUCAUGUUUGCUAAUCAGAAUUAAUU